AUGAGCCCGAAGCCCUUCCGACGGCCUGCGCAGUCGGCUGGGCAGUACGUGCAGCAGUUCCAGCAGGGUAUCCCGCAGGCCCAGUCCAUGGUGGUGAGCGGCUACAAUCAAUUCCAAACUCAGCUGCAGUCGGCCGGAGCCCAGCUGCAAUCGGCCCUCGACCACAGCCAGGGCAAGUGGUUCGCCCCGGGCGAGGCCCUUCCCCCGGGCUUCCAGAUCACCUCGCACCCCGAGGGGCAUGUGGAGCCCCAGGCCCACCAUGCCAUGUCCGACGCCGUGGCGUCCUUGAAGGGCAUGCCCGGCAAGCUUGGCUCCGCGCUCGAUGACGCCGCCAAGGCUGCUGCGAAAGGCAAGGACAAGAAGAAGAGCAAGAAGAAGAAGUCCUCCGGCUGGUGCUAA